AUGAUGGCUGCUCUUCGGUUCCCUCUCGUUUCGGCCUGCGGCCGCGUUUCAGCCGCCUCCGGGGUGCUGCGGAGCUUUUCCUCGGAUACCGACUCUUACAUCAACAAGAUCUUGACUGCCAAGGUCUACGACGUGUGCAAGCGGACGGAUCUGCAUUUUGCCCCGACGCUUUCACAGAGAACAGGCAACCGCGUCUUCCUGAAGCGGGAGGACCAGCAGACUGUGUAUAGCUUCAAGCUCCGGGGCGCCUACAACAAGAUCGUCAACUUGUCCGACGAUGAGAAGGCACGGGGCAUCUGCGCCUGCUCUGCAGGGAACCACGCGCAAGGAGUGGCUUUCUCUGCCAGCGCGCUGAACAUUUCGGCAAAGAUUUUUAUGCCGAAGACGACGCCGAGCAUCAAAGUGGACUCGGUGCGCAGGUAUGCCAAUGACAUAUCCGAAGUCAUCCUGGUCGGAGAUAACUAUGAUGCUGCCUAUGCGGCUACGGUGGAAUGCAUCGAGAAAGAGGGGCGCGUGUUAGUGCACCCGUUCAACGAUCCCUUGGUCAUUGCCGGCCAGGGUACUAUCGGAAAGGAGAUCCUAGAGCAAACGACGAAGGAGGAUCUCGAAGCGGUCUUCUGCUGCGUGGGCGGCGGCGGUCUCUUAGCCGGCGUGGCCAGCUUCCUGAAGGCCGUGAAGCCGUCCAUCAAGGUCAUCGGUGUGGAAGCCCUGGAUUCGGCAGCGAUGACGGAGAGCCUCAAAGCCAAGGAGCUCAUAGAGCUGCCCUCCGUGGGCCUCUUCGCAGACGGCGCGGCCGUUAAGAAAGUCGGUGACGAGACGUUCCGGCUGUGCUCAGAGCAUGUGGACGAGAUGAUCAAUGUCUCGACGGACGAGAUUUGCGCUGCAAUCAAAGACUCCUUCAUAGACACUCGCGUGGUCCUAGAGCCGGCAGGGGCUCUGGCCACCGCCGGUCUCAAGCGCUACGCCCAGCAGAGCAGUAAGGGUGGUGCCCUUGUGGCUGUGACGAGCGGCGCGAACAUGGACUUCGAUCGGCUACGCUUCGUGUCGGAGCGUGCAGAUACCAGCGAGACUCACCUGGCUGUCCAGAUCCCGGAGACGGUGGGUUCCUUCCUGAGCAUGUACAACUGCAUCUUCCCCCGCAACGUCACGGAGUGUUCCUACCGCAUCAGUGGCGAUCUCGCUGAUGUCUUCAUCGCCUUCCAGGCUUCCUCGGUUGAGGACAAGGAAGAGGUCAUGAACACCAUGAGGAAGAAGGGCUACGGCCUGCUCGACAUCUCCCAGAACGAGCUGGCCAAAGUCCAUGGCCGGAAUCUCAUAGGUGGCCGAGCCCCGGCGCAUUUGACUUCAGAGGAGGGGCUCUUCCGCUUCGAGUUCCCUGAAAAGCCCGGAGCUCUCCUCAACUUCUUGGAGAAUCUGCCGCCAGGGUUCAACGUAUCGCUUUUCCACUACCGUGGCCACGGGGCAGACGCAGCGCGCGUCCUCGUCGGCAUGGACAAGAUGAUCCAUGUUGGCGGGAUAUCCUUCUGCAGCCAUUGUGCUCAUCAGAACUUGCAGCAGACAGCGCAACGACAGCCGCCCUCUGUUGGUGACAUCGACCCCAUUCAGGAGGAGUGUCCUGCAGUGCCGGAGGUGCACGUUCAAUUGAAUGGUCGGGAGAGGGAGACGUCUGCCGUCUCCGACCAUUUUCGUGGGCUCUUGGAUGGGCUCUAUCUGCAGCACCUGACUGAGAUGGCAGAGCUAGAGGCGAGGCUCUGCUCCCACAUGGAGGCCACCACGCCGCUUGCGCCUGUCGUCGCGCGCGAGCGCAUGGAGGAUCUCCCGUACGCGGCGCCAGUAAACAGCCUGGAAAUGCCGAGAGGCAACUCCUCGCUGAUGCUUUCACCACGUCUCCCCAAGAGCUCUUCCCAGGACUCCUCGUCAGUGCCCAAGUCUGUACACACAAAUGCUGGCGGCAUCAUGAACUCCAGUUCGGCAAUGCGACUACGCCGCACGCACAAGAAGGAGAUCCAGGCCUCUGAGGUCUUGGAGGCCCUAGACAAAGAGCAGGCUCUCCAGCAACUUUUCGAAGCACCGAUCACCUCACAGGCGCUUGGCGCCUCUCCCACGACGUCGGAGCUGAAGUUCACCACGAGCCCCUUCGAGUGGAGAAGUGGAGAGGCUGGAGAGAUCACUGGUCUCGAGAAGCUUCGUCUCUGGUUGCAGUCAAGCAGGUUUGAGAUGCUCAUCACCACCGUGCUCUGCAUCAAUGUUCUCUGGAUGGCGCUGGAGCUUCAGGUUUAUGGCUCCUACCGAGCCUACGAGGUCGGCGUGGUCGCAGAGAGCAUCAUCCCGCAAGAGUGGCUGCCCAGCAUCGACGUGGCUUUCCAGAUCGGUGACGGGAUCUUCACGGCCUUCUUCGUCUUCGAUGUGGGUCUUCGCGUCGCUUUGCUGGGUCGGCGGUUCUUCAAGGUCUGCAUGAACUACAUUGACCUUCUCGUUACUGCAGCUUCUGUUGUGGAGCUGGUCGUGUCGCAAAUGACCGUGAACCCAAUGCUGUUUCGACUUCUUCGGAUCGGAAAGCUGGCGCGAGCUCUGCGGAUGGUCACCAUGAGCAGUGUUCUGUCCUCGCUGCAGCUGCUAAUCAAGUGCCUGAGCGCCAGUGCCGACAUGCUCGUGUGGACGUUUUGCCUGCUUACCUUCAUCCAGUGUGUGGCGGGCAUGGUCGUCAGCACACUCUGCAGCGAGUUUCUGAAGGACACGGGCCAGAGUAUCGAGCUUCGAGAGGAGGUGUACCGAUACUACGGCACCUUCACUCGAACUUUCCUCACCAUGUUCGAGAUCCUGUUUGCGAACUGGAGCCCUCCUUGUCGCGUUUUGGUGGAAAACGUCAGCGAGUGGUUCUCGGUCUUCUUCCUGCUUUACCGCUGUGUGUUGGGUUUUGCAGUCUUGAAUGUCGUGAAUGCGGUGUUUGUGCAGCAGACCAUGAAGACGGCUAGUUCCGACGAGGAGUUGGCCUUCAAGCAGAAGGAGAAAGACAUUGCGGCGUAUGCAAGGAAAGUUCGACGUCUGUUUCAGACCAUGGACGACUCCAACGACGGCGCGAUCAGCUUAGAGGAGUUCUCCAAGCUGGUUACUUCGCCAAAGCUGAAGUUCUGGAUGAGCCAGUUGGAGCUGGAGUACCAUGAUCUGCUUAGCCUCUUUGAGUUCCUCGACAAUGGCGAUGAGCAAAUCACGCUGCAAGAGUUUAUCGAAGGAGCCUCUCGACUACGGGGUCAGGCGAAAGCUCUGGAUGUUUGGAGAUUGGAAACCAAGCUCGAGGUUCUCUUCGAGGAGAUGCUCCGCUUGCAAUCCAAGGAGGACUCCUCUCCUCAGAUCUCUUCCUUCGUGCAAAACGCCUUCAAAAAUUCCUUGUACAGCCACAUCAAGAGCAACGCAAAGAGCCAACACCGAACCUGA